AUGUCGAGUUCUCUCGCAAGGCCGCUUGUACGUCGGAGGGAUGAUGGGCUACAACUGAGCUAUCAACUCCCGCAUCGCGUCUACGCUGCCAAACCUUAUCCUGUUCUUGCUCCUAACGGCUCUGCUAUAGUCAUCUACGGCUAUGAGAAUGGGCUCAGAAUAAUUUGGAGAGGAGGGCGGUCGUUUCUGCCUCUACAGAAGCCAGCUGUCUCCGAGAAAUCGGAGGAGAGGCAGCCCAAUGGCACCCAUGACGACGCUGUCAUGAUCAUUGAUUCCGAUGAUGAAGAGCCUGCGCCGGAACCGGCCAAGGUUGAACAACCUGCCGUGCAAUUUGAAGAUGAAGAGACAGAGGUCGAUGCAUCCCAUCCGUACGAACAGAUUCUCCGGCAUAUUGACAUACCGUUGGGAAUGAAAGUUCUCGGCGUGGCCGUCCCUUCUUUCCUCCCGGAGAAGGCGCGCUCAUCACUCGAAGCGUUCCCGCCGAUCCUGACCAAAAUGAUUGUUGUCUCUGCGAUCUGUGCGGACUCAUCAACGAGGGUUGUGGUCGUGCCGCUCACUCCUCCGCAUCCCACAAACACUGAACCUUCGACAUGGGGAAUCCAGACUCUGUCAAUGAGCGGCAGUGUAUCUCACAAUGAAAUUCCAACAGGGGUAUCCAUUACAUUCACUUGUCAGGCAGGCGGAGACGAUUCGACACGCAGCCGAUCCCAGAGGCGGGCCUCCUUUUCCAGGGUCGAAUCCGCACCGGCUCGGGACGGUGAAAAGUGGGAGCUCCUUGUCGCCACGCAUGCUGCGGAGGCGACGGGAACACUUCUUGUGUAUCGAAUUCCUGUCAUUGAACGUUCGACGCGCGGAGAGACCAGCUUCACUCUUUCGCCACAGCAUCUCCACCCUAUACAGAGACAUGCUUUACCUGCCCCGGCAAAGAGCAUUUCGUUCAACCCUUCACCAUACCCAUCGGAGCGACAUGCAAAUCUGCUUGUGGCGUUCCCGGAUGGCUACGUCAAGAUCUUGUCUUGCCUAGCCACCAAAUCUAACCGAACUUCUAGAGGCACUGACAGCGAGACAGUCGAGCCCGAAGGGAGAUGGCUGAUCACAUUGUAUCCAGGAUUUGAACAGUCUGCAGAUGGGUUUGGCCGUCGAAAAACGGUUAUUGAUGCCGCGUGGGUUCUCGCUGGAAGAGCCGUAAUGGUUCUCCUGGCUGAUGGUGAAUGGGGCGUCUGGGAUGUCGAGGGAUCAGGCCCUGGAAGCGAGCCUGGACCACUUCGCGGUCAGUCCAGUAUCCAUGGCGUUACUGGAGGGUCCUUGACUUCGUUCGCGGUCAGCGGCCGCAUUGUUGGGAACCCGCAGACGAGCAAGUCUCAGGUCGGUGGUGGCGGGCCAACGCCACCAGACCAGCGGGCCAAGUUUGCGCCAAUGACACCCUCAACACGGCGUGUUCGAGAAGAUAGCCUUUUCAAGGGCGCACAAAGUCCGUCUUCACCGUCCCUGUGUGGCGAACUAUCAGUUGUCCAGAUCAACUCAUCGCGAGAUCCCGCUCCGGAAGAGUCGAUCUUGAUCCGCCAUGGUGACCAGAUCGCUACGAUUCCCAGUCUGCUGUCGCUGUGGCGAAACGCGGUCAAGUCUACGGGAACGUUUGACGCUUCUAGCCGCUGCAGAGUGACUAACAUAGGUAAUGUACAUCUGCUAGGAGAGAGGCUGACCGGGAUCAGCCACCUGCCAGCUGCGGCCCGGAAGGAACGCGAAGCGAACCGGCGUGAAUUCGAUACUUUGAUCACUGCAGAGCACCGGUUGAUCAUUCUCGCCCCGAAGCUGACGGGAUCGGGACCGCAGCAGCAAGCGAAGACAGGGGCAGAGUUGCACGAGAAAGUGCAACAGCCUUCUGCCGAAACCGAUCAGCUGAUGCUUCGACGGGGAGAGCUGGAUGUCGACGGGAUGGACCGGGUGUUGAGCGGCAUGGCGGGGGGCAGUCGAUUCAGAAGCCCAUUGAAACGGACUCGUGUAUUCACCUAG